AUGCCGUUUCAAGGAAAAAUGCGAUUUUCUACCUCUUUGGGGCUCUGUGUUAUGGCAGCGGCUCUGUUUUUACCGCCAUCCGACGCCCAGCUGCCUGUGCCCUCCACCGAACAGCUUUGUAUCAGCCAGUGCGUCACCUGCCCAGUGGUUUGUACCACGCCGACGCCGACGCCGACGCCGCGCUCUUACAGCUCUUACAUUCCGUCGCCACCGCCACCGCCGCCUGCGUUUUAUGGCGGCUAUAUGGGGCCGCCGCCGGCUUUGACAUCGUCGUAUUUUUUCCGGGGCCCGCCGCCUCCGGUUGCGAAUUAUGUUUCGGGAGCACAACCGUCGGGGCAGAUGCCGCAGACGGUGGGGCCUCGCGAUUAUUCUUACCCUUACUACUACUUUUACAGUUCAAAUUUGGGCUCCUUCGCUUCUCCUUCAACGUUCAUUCUCUUGUUUGCGUGUUUUUUUCAUGUUGUUUUCUGA